CGCGGCUCCUGUGCGGCCGUUGAGGGGUGAGUGGAAGGCCGGCCGCCACAGCUGGGCGCGUGCGCCUGCCCCUCACGCCUCUGCCCGCCGUGGGGCUGAGGGGCGCCUGCGUGGGCCUGGCAGCGCGCUAAGGUGUCGCGUCCCACCCACACCAAUAACCGGGGGGGAGGGGUUCUGAGGGGACCUUACCGGGAAACCUCUAAAACAAACGCUUCUUCACCCUUGUUUCGCUCCCCGCCUCGAAGUUAGAGGGAAGAGACCGAUAUGGUUGAAAACUCUCCGGCCCCUUUGCCAGAAAGGGCGAUAUAUGGAUUUGCUCUUUUUUUAGGAUCCUGGUUUGGCUUUAUCUUAUAUCUGAUCUGGGCAUAUAUUCCUGAGACUUGGCUGUUCUCAUUGGGACUAACAUACUGGCCUCAAAAAUACUGGGCAGUUGCUUUGCCAGUGUACCUACUGGUCACCAUAGGAAUUGGUUAUAUAUUACUUUUUGGUAUUAACAUGAUGAGUACAGCUCCACUUAACUCCACACAUACCAUUACAGAUGACUAUGCAAAAAAACAGCAACAGAAGAAAUUUCAAGAAGAAGCAAUUCCAGCGUUAAGGGAUAUUCCUAUCAGUGAAGUAAACAGAAUGUUUUUCCUUCCUGAAAAAGGAAUCUGCAAUAGCAGAUAGUCAUUAUUAAGAUCUGUUGGAAUAAAGGAUUAGUAGAACUGUUACAUAAGGAAAAUCAAAACCUCUCCAAGCGGGAAAAAAACCCACUCUCUUUGUAGAACAAAGCUUUUUUUUUUUUUUUUUUUACUCCUGAAUUUCAACUAAAUUCAUGUGGACACAUUUCCUUGAGAUGAUGUGAUUUCAUUGUUAUGCAUGUGCCUUAAUAACCUGCACUGGUAAGAGAAUAAUGCCACAAUAAUUUAUCUAAAAAUUGUUGUGAGUUUAAAAUAGAAUUUUAUUACUUACAAUUUCCCUCUGAGAGUAAAAUAAGUGCUUUUGGGCAUAGCUUGUUUCUGUUUCUCUUUGAAUUCAGGGAGAGAAAAUACGUUCUGUUGAAGUGUUUACAUUGUAACUAUACAGUUUUCAUUUGUAAAUGUUAAUAAAAUGUGGCUAAUUUUUACUGGUUAAAGUUAGCCAUUUUUCUGUAGUUCCAUGAUAUUUGUCCUGGGUAAAGGUGUAUAGUGGUCUGGUUUUCUUUACACAUCUUUACUCAUUUUCUUUACUCAUCAAAAUAAGUUUGUUUGGGGAUUUUUCCCCAAAUUAGUGGACUUAUUGAAAUACUAGAAAUAAAGAAGGCAGGUUGUGAAGAUUUUCUGAAAACAGUCUUGAAAUGGCUCUCUUUUUUUUUAACCACUCUUAAGAGUUUUGAAAACUAGAUUCAAGAAAAUUUCUGGAGAUACGGGAACCAACAGCUCCAUCAUUAUAGUCUAGGUUAUAACACAAAGGAUGGUAACUUGUUAUGGCAGUGGUUCAGGUGUUUCUCAAGCAGUGAAUUUUCUUUCAUAUAUGCCUUGUUGAGCACAAUUUUUAUUUCCCUUCUUCCAAGAUUCACAAAGCCAGUUGUCUUCAGUAGUCAGCAUUAUAUCAUUCGGUUAUAAAGACCAGUGAAUAGAGCCUCACUGUCAGUCUGUUACCUCUGUAAACCAACUUCUGACCAGCCGAGUAUUUAGUUAAAAACAUCAGUAUUUCGUUAAAAGAUAAUAAAUUUUUGAAAAUUCAUGUAAAGAAUCUUAUGUCAGUUCUUUAGAAAUUGGUCAAAACAACUCUCAGUUAUUGUGGGAAGUCUUUGGACAGUGGUAACAACCCAUCUGAUAUGAAUGUGAAAUUCAAGAGUUUCUUGUGUCUAGUCUUUGGUAAUUUACUAUUUUUUCCACCUGUGUUUGAAAAGAAACCCCAAACAUGCUAGGUAUUAUGGCCAGGAGAAAAAUACCUUCUUAGUGAAGGAAAAAAAAAAA